CCGGUAAGCGCAGACUACAGCCGACAUUCUUGCGCAGCGCAGUCGAUGUCUAUACGCGGUGCGGUAAUCCAGACGAAAAUACUAAUAAAUGUUAAACAUAUUAAUAUUAUUUAAUGAUAAACAACACAUAUACAUACGAGGUAUAACGCGCUGUGCUUAAUCUAAUCUAUGCACCGUAGAUUUCGGUAGUAAUUUUUUUGUUUGAAGCGAGCGCAGCAUUCGCGCAGACAGCAGCGAGCUGUGCGGUAACGCGUCUGUGAGAGGCACGAGCAAGUUUUACUAAAUAAAUAAAUUAGCGCGAAAGAGGUGUGUCAGUUUGCAGCAGUAGCAGGCGAGCUUUGAGCAGUGUCACCAGCAACUGGAUUCUAGGAAAUCUGAAGCGAAAUGGAGAAACGCGCUGACAAGCCCACACAUACCGACCCUAUAAUCUCUAUUUUGGGUAGCGAUUUGGGUCCUUGGCAGCUUAUUAUCUGCUUAUGGAUUUUUCUCUCGAAGUUUCCCACUGGCUGGGUCCAAAUUUCGAUGGUGUUCUUACAGUCGCCUAUUCAUGCUACCUGCGUUGAUCCUGCUAACGAUACCGCCGUUUGCUCCGGGCACUGCCAUGCUUUCGUCUAUGACCAUAUCAACUUUGAAGAGAAUAUAAUCAGCGAAUGGAAUUUGACCUGCGAUCGUCAGUGGCUAGCCAGUUUGGCACAGAGCUUUGUUAUGAUUGGCAUAAUGCUGGGCAAUAUUAUAUUCGGACUCUUCGCCGAUAAAUGGGGUCGUCGUCCCAUGUUCGUGAGUGCCUGCGUUAUGCAACUAAUUUUCGGUUGUCUGGUUUCUGCAGCGCCAUGGUUUUGGCUUUUUGUGGUGUUUCGCUUUUUGGAUGGUUUUGCCACAGGCGCUACCAUGUCCACAGGCUUCACAAUUAUCAUGGAGAUUGUGGGCAAAAGCAAACGUGAAAUAAUGGCCAUACUCUAUCAGAUACCCUUCAAUUUGGGUCACGCCACUUUGCCGUUAUUCGCCUACUAUCUGCGUCACUGGCGUUGGUAUCAUCUUGCCUUCUCAUCAUUCUCGGUGUUAUAUCUGAUAUUUUAUUGGACCGUGCCAGAGUCACCACGCUGGCUCUUCACCACCGGUCGCACUGACCGUGCCGUAAAAAUACUUGAAGCCGGUUGCAAGCGCAAUAACAUGCCUACCGAUAACAUACGCACCGAACUCGAACAGGCCGCAUUAAUUACAGCCGCCACAACGACAUCGAAGAAGGGCAACAUCAUUGAUCUUUUCCGUCAUCCGUAUCUCUGUCAGAAAACCUUGGCGAUGGCCUUUAAUUGGCUAGUAGUAUGUCUGGUUUAUUAUGGCGUCUCACAGCAUAUAUCACAUCUAAGCGGCAAUGUCUUUAUGAAUGUCGCGAUAGGCGCUACGCUGGGUGUGCCGGGCACACUCAUAUGCGUGCCGAUGACCAAAUAUCUCGGACGUCGCAUAACGCUCUUCCUCUCAAAUUCGCUCAGCGGCAUUGCUUUGAUGAUUUUGGCUUUCGCGCCAUCGCUGGACAGCACCAUGACUGUGGCGAUGGCUACAAUUGGUCUCUUUGGCGCAUCGGUAACGUUUCCGAAUGUUUAUCUCUACGGCGGUGAACUGUUUCCGACAGUGGUGCGUAAUUCGGGUGUCGGUUUGUGUUCGUUUGUUGGUCGCGUUGGCUCAAUUAUUGCACCAUUCAUAUCUGGCUUGUCGACUCGUGGUCUGUGGAUACCACCGGCCGUGUUUGGCGGCUUCUCGCUGGCAGCAGCUGCUUCGGUCUUUCUGAUGCCGGAGACACGCGGAUUUCCUUUGCCCGAGACCAUCGAGGACGGCGAGACGUUCGGCAAAAAUAAGAAGACGUCAAAAUUGUAAAUGGAGCCCUAGUAAACCCUAGUAAAUUUUUAUUAUUCAAGCAUUAUUUUGAGACAUUCUAUUGACUGUUAUAAAUUGCCAUUACAUACCGAAUUAUGCAUUUACGUUCGUAUGUGCAAAUAUUGCUAUGCAGGGAAAUGUGAAACUUUACAAUAUUAUAGCUGAUUAUAGUAAUAAUUAUUGCAGAUAAAUAAAAUCUAUAAUUUUUAUGUAGUUUGA